AUGUAUCCGCGAUUUCUAGGGCGCAACUAUCCGCUUGAUAAGCAUCUGUUCUUCGUGACCCGAUAUUCCUUUGGAUUACUGGGUCUAAGAUUCGGACAGAAGCAAUCGUGGUUACAUCUCUCAUGGCUGGUGUUCAAUUUCGUGAAUCUAGCGCAUUGCUGCCAGGCGGAAUUCGUCUUUGGCUGGAGCCACUUACGCACCAGUCCCGUGGACGCCAUGGAUGCCUUUUGUCCUUUGGCCUGCAGUGCAACAACGCUUUUCAAGCUCGGAUGGAUGUGGUGGCGCCAUCAGGAGGUUGCUGACUUAAUGGAACGUGUCCGAUUGCUCAUCAAAGAGCAGGAGAAGAGGAAAGAUUCGCGCAGAGAUAGGGCGCAAAGGAGCUACUAUCAAAUGGUCACCAGGUGUGGGAUGAUGGUCUUCACUUCGGGCAGCAUCACAACUGGUGCCUUCGUCCUGCGAUCCCUUUGGGAAAUGUGGGUACGUCGACAUCAGGAGUUCAAAUUCGAUAUGCCCUUUCGCAUGCUGUUUGGGGAGUUUGCUCAUCGUAUGCCCUGGUUUCCAGUUUUUUAUCUCUACUCCGUUUGGAGUGGUCAGGUCACUGUGUAUGCCUUUGCUGGAACCGAUGGUUUCUUCUUUGGGUUUACACUGUAUAUGGCCUUUUUGUUGCAGGCCUUAAGAUAUGACGUUCAAGAUGCUAUAAGGCCAGUCGAAGAUCCUUCGGUCAGGGAAUCCAAUCUCUGCUGUCAGCGAUUGGCGGAUAUCGUGGAUCGUCAUAACGAAAUAGAGAAGAUUGUUCAGGUAUUCUCUGGAAUCAUGGCAGAACCCACUUUCGUCCAUUUUGUAUCAGCCAGCUUAGUGAUAGCCACCAGUGUGAUUGAUAUACUAUUGUAUUCCGGCUACAAUAUCAUCCGAUAUAUGGUUUAUACCAUCACUGUGUCCUCGGCUAUAUUUCUUUAUUGCUAUGGUGGUACAGAAAUGGCCACAGAGAGCCUUUCCUUGGGAGAAGCUGCCUACAGUAGUGCCUGGUAUAAGUGGGAUCGAGAGACCCGAAGGCGAGUUUUUCUAAUUAUCCUGCGAGCUCAACGACCCAUUACUGUAAGGGUGCCCUUCUUUGCACCUUCUUUGCCAGUCUUCACAUCGGUCAUAAAGUUCACAGGAUCCAUUGUGGCUCUGGCCAAAACCAUAUUGUGA